AUGGGCACCGGGAAAUGUAUCGUAACGUAUCGAGGUUUACGGACAGCGUUCGCGAUGAAAGUGGCAGUGUGGGUCUUGUUCGCGGCAGUGAUUUCGACCUUGGCCUCGCUGGGGCAGGCGGCAAGUCCGGUCGUCGAGCAGUGCAAGUCGGUCGUGAGCGAAACCCGGGACUAUGAGACGAAUCCUGGGAAGGUAUUCAGCUCGAAAAAGGUCACGUGGACGCACCAAGAACGCCUGGCCGUGGUCAUCCCCAUGGCUCCAGCACAGGUGUCGCGCUAUGAGACCCUGAUGAGGAGCUUCCAGGAGGUGUCUCCGUGCGACGAGAAGGUCCCGGAGAUCGACUUUGUGAUCGCCAUCAGCGGGGAGGGCUCGGACAAGGUGGACCAGAGCGCGUUGCUGAAGUGGGAGGUCAUCGAGCGGUGCUUCGGGAAGGGGUUCGUGUACGUCAUCGACAUCCCACCGCAGUUCGACGACCGCACGACGGCGUCCACGUACGUUUUCUGGCACCUCUUCGACGCGUUCGAGGAGAUGGGCUACGGGCACUCGUUCCAGAUCGAGCCGGACGUGACGCCGGUGCGUCCCGGCUGGGUCCACGCACUGAAGGACAAGAUGGAGAAGAACGCAUGCUGCGGAGACUUCUGGCAGAGCGGCAGCGUGUCCGUGUGUUCGCCGACGUACGGCGACAUCGCGAACCGCCAGGAUUUCCACGUCAACGGCAACGCGAUGUACUGCGUCGGCGACCCUGCCUUCGCGGAGUUCCGCGACCGCACGCGCCUGUAUUACCACGAAGAAAAGAUCAACCUGUCGGUCGCGGGCGCGGCGACCGGCAACACGCAUGAGGACGGCUUCGACCACGCCAUGUACCGCUUCCGCACGCACCCCGACAACUACGAAUACGGGUCGCGCGUGCUGGACAAGUUCCACGUGGACUUCUUGCUGCUGAACAGAUGCGAGGAAGAGUUCAACCCCGGGGAAGUCCGCGCGCAGCACCUCGACACCUACCUCGUCCAUUCGAAAUGGCACUUUUUGUCCCCCGUCGAGCAGUUCGUGCGGAAAACGUUCCAGACGACCUUCGGCGUCGCACCCAUCUCGUGGGAGCUGGCCAAGAUCGUCGACAUGGUGAGGAGCGCGUGGGAGGCGGGCUUGCCGUUUCCGAAAUCCAAGUUGGGCGACGAGGUGUGCAGGCGGGACAAGUUCGACAUCGCCCCGGAGCGCCACGAACAGCUGUGCAAGUGGGAAACGCGGUUCGGCGAUCGGGUGUACUUGUGGAACGUGGACCUGCACGCUGGGCCGAUCGCAUGCAACAUGGACCUGUUCUACGACAUUGGCGUCGAAGUGCAUGCCGAAAACGACUUCGGGAACUGCAUCUCAUUCAACACGUGCAAGGACCGCCUCAAGGUGUUGCAGUUCGACGACUGGCGCGGGUUCUCGCUCGAUCCGGACCCCGAGAAGCUGCGCCGUGACUUCUUCGAGGCGUACCGGGACGACCCUGAGAUGCAGCGGGUGGACAUGGUCAUCUGCAGCCACCCCGCGGCGAACUGCGAGCUCUUCCUUCCGCUCAACAAGCCGAUGAUCAUCUACCCCACGACGCGUCUCGAGUUCGGUCGCAACGACGAGGUCGUUGAGUGGCGCAAGCCGUACAUUUCCGACAACAGCCCGCGCCGCUGGAAGCAAUGGGUCGCCAACAUACAGACCAUGGCUGAGGACCCGAAGCACAUCUUUGCGGCGAACAACCUCUUCGACGCUGCCUACCUUCAGUACCACACGGGCGUCAAGGCGCUGACCCUGCCGUCGUGGUGCGGGUCGCACAUCAAGGCCAAGUGGGACCCGGACCUGCGCCUGCCCAUCCUGAUUGGGCCGUACCGCGACAACCUGGACUUUCCCCAGUUCCGCAAGGACGAGACCUGGGCGCACCCGAUCAUGGAGGGCCUGAAACAUGCCCUGGACGCCCACAACGCGAAGAGCAGCGGCAGCGCGCGAGUCAUGGAGCGCAUCCGCGACCUGUACGACACGUUCGACUGGGCGCGGAUUGCGAAGCACCCGUGCAUGAUCUGGAUCCCCUACCAGCUGUCCGUGAUGAGCUUCUUCGAGGCGUACAGGACGGGCAUCCCCGUGUUUGCUCCCGCCAGGGCCCUCUUGAGGGAGUGGCACGCCAAGCACGACUUGACUUGGGAGCGCAUCUACGGGUACCCGGAGCGUCUGGAUGAGUCCUGGGACCUGCCGUACUCCCCGAACUCGGAGGACGACGAGUCGUUCUCCUUCUGGCUCGAGUACGCCGACUUCUACCAGAUGCCGCACGUGCAGCUGUUCGAGUCCUGGGACCACCUCAUGGAGCUGCUGGACACCGUGGACCUGCAGCGUGUCCACGACGACAUGAUGGCAUACAGCGAGCGCCUCUACAGCAGCCUCAAGAUGGCGUGGAAGACGCACAUCAACGCCGCCCUUGCGCACGCCCCAAACAGACACGACGUCCCGCGCGAGUAUCAGCGCUUCGAGGACGAUGCGGCGCACAAAGCUGCCAUGGAGACGUGGGAGCGCGGAGCGAAGACACACUUUGCGUGUCCCGAGGCCGCCGAGCGCAGCUGUCCCGGGAUGAAAUCCCCUACCUACUUUCAGGAGGCCGAUCGGGUCCCGGAUGCCGACGAGGAUGAGGACGGGGACUCGCGCAGGGGGAGGGCUGUGCUGCGGCUGGCCCGCAGAGUGCUCGUGCGGUGCUUCCGGAGGAGGAGGGGCUCGCACCGCGCUGCAUAG